AUGAGCCGGCAGCCAGAGGUUCUGUGGGCUCAGAGGUCCGACAAACUGUACCUGACAGUGUCCCUUCCCGAUGCCAGGGACAUCUCCGUCAAAUGCGAGCCGGAGGGCCAGUUCACCUUCGCCGCCGUUGGGGCUAACGGCGAGCCCUUCAGCUUCACUCUCCAGCUUUAUGACAAUAUUGCCCCUCAGGGAUGCAGAACAAAAACUGGUCUAAGGAAUAUACUAUGCUCUAUACAAAAGGAGCAAAAGGGAUGGUGGAAAAGACUAUUGAAAUCCGAAGAAAAGCCUGCUCCAUACAUUAAGGUUGAUUGGAAUAAAUGGUGUGACGAAGAUGAUGAAGAAUCCGAAUCAUAUCUGGGUUCUGAUGAUGACACCAUGUAUACCAGUGAACAUGAAGAGAGCAGUGAUGACGAGGGCAUGCUAUAUCUUCCUGAUUUGGAGAAAGCUCGAGGCAAUUAA